UGCCCAUUCAACGAAAAUGUCCGCCAAAGCCCCCGCCGCGCUCGGCGGUACGACGACCAACAAAGGCGACCGCGUCCACUUGGACAUCGAAGAAGGUGACAAGGCGGCGACGACGCAGGAUGAUGACACAACGCAAUCGGAGAUGUUCUCGGACAUCAACGACGACACCCCGAACAUCACGGAACUCCAGAGUUUGUGCAUCAACUGCCACGAAGAUGGCAUGACCAAGUUGCUGUUGACUCGCAUUCCGUACUUCCGCGAAGUCAUCCUCAUGUCGUUUGCAUGCGAACAUUGUGGGUUCAAGAACAGUGAAGUUCAGUUCGGAGGCACGAUCCAAGAGAAGGGCGUGCGCAUGGAGCUGGCGGUGCAAACCCGCGAAGACUUGAACCGCCAAUUGAUCAAGUCCGACACCGCCGUGAUCGUGUUUCCUGAAAUCGACUUGGAGAUCCCUGCCAAGACCCAACAGGGCACCAUCAACACGAUCGAGGGCUUCAUUGCCAAAGCCAUCGAAGGCCUUCGCGAGAACCAAGAGGAACGCCGUGCGAUUGACCCGGCUACGACCCAGAAAAUCGACGAGUUUCUCGCCAACCUCGCGCUCAUGGCCGCCGGGAUCACGCUCCCCUUCACGGUGAUCAUCACCGACCCAGCUGGCAACUCGCACAUUGAAAACUUGCAUGCCCCGAACGUGGACCCGCAAUUGAAGAUCGACACGUACUUCCGCAGCGAAGCCGAAGAUUUGAUCUGUGGGCUGCAACCCGAUGCCUCCCACGCCCACGACACGCCGUCCAACGCGCCUCGCGUGCUGCCGCCGCGGAACGCCGGCCUCGAUACGUUUCUCGCCCAAAACAACAACAUUGCCAAGCGCGAGGCGAUUCGGUUCCCCACGCAAUGCCAUUCAUGCUUCAAAGAUGGCGAGUCCAUGAUGUGCAUCACCGACAUCCCGCACUUCAAAGAAGUGAUCAUCAUGGCGUUCAAUUGCGAGCAUUGCGGGUUCAAGACCAACGAAGUCAAGGCUGGCGGCGCCAUCCCGCCGUUUGGAGAGCGCAUGGUGCUGCAUGUCCAGGUGCGGCAGCCAGCACAUGUCGCCUAUGAUUCUGAUGGGAAUGUUGAACUAGGACGCGUCGUACUUGGAUCGCGAUGUGCUGAAAUCUGACUCGGCAUGUGUCCACAUUCCUGAAAUCGAAUUGGAAAUGAUGUCGGGGUCCCUGGGAGGGCUCUACACGACAAUCGAAGGCCUAUUGGACAAGGUACUGCUUUGACUUUUCUUGGAGCUGUACAUAUACAUGAAUGAUUACUAGAUUGCCGAGAACAUUACCAAAGGCAACCCGUUUGCCGUGGGCGACAGCGACGGCGGUCGAUCCGGGCUGCGGAUCUGGCUGGACAAACUCGAAGCGUUGAAGCACGGCACGCCAUUCACUCUCAUCAUAGAAGAUCCGCUGGCCAACAGCUUCAUCUACUCGCCGUUCGGGUCGGCGGCGGACGACCCAGACAUGACAUGCGACACGUACGUCCGCACGGAAGAGGAGGACGACGAGCUUGGGCUGUUGGACAUGAAGGUCGAAAACUAUUCGAGCGAAGUGAUUGACAAUUUGUCGGGCCAAGUGGUGUCUCAAGUCGCGUUGAGUGACAAGCAGACGAUGGAGCGCGGAGGCCAAGCGCUGGCCACGUCGGGGUACCACCCCAACCCGAACGCCGUCAUGGACUUGGAUGCACCUCGUACGGAGCUGUAGAGUGAGAGAGAGAAGGUUGAGAGUGUACAGUACUGGUAGAUGAAGUGUGUACUUUUAAGUUGGGCCUGGUGUUAUGUAAGUGGCCUAGUUAGUGCCUGGUACUGUACAUUUCACAUUCGUUAUGGCUAUGCUACCGGUA